AAGUCCAUGGCAAAUCAGUCUGACGUGUCUGAAUUUAUUCUCAUCGGAUUUCCUGGACUUCCACAGACGUUCUAUCCUUUGGUUUCAGUGACAAUGUUUCUUGUCUAUACUAUAGCACUGAUGGCAAAUGGCACCGUAAUACUUCUGAUUUCUUUAAGAGAACGCUUACACCACCCAAUGUAUCUAAUUAUUUCCAACCUGGCUUUUUCAGACCUUACCUUUGACACUAUUACAUUACCCAAAAUCAUUGCUAGAUACUGGUUUAAAGAUGAAUCUAUCUCCUUCUCCACUUGCAUGUUCCAGUUGUUCUUCGUCCAUUAUUUGGGUGUCCUUGAUUCUUUUAUUAUCAUGCUAAUGUCUGCCGAUCGAUAUAUUGCUAUUUGUAAACCAUUGAGAUAUUCAGCAAUCAUGACUAAUAAAUUGGCUGCAUCUCUCUGCUGCCUUUUAUCAAUCAUAGCAGCAGCUUUUGGACUGGCUGUGUCUAUUCUUACUGGACGACAAUUUUACUGUAGAUCUAAUAAAAUCAAUGGAUGUUUUUGUUCGAACUCGGCACUUCUGGCCUUGGCUUGCGGGGAUGUGUUUUACACCAAAAGAGUCAAUUUUAGUCUUGCAAUGAUUGUGCUCUGUGUGCCACUGGUUCUAAUCAUAUUGUCGUAUAUCGUUAUUCUAAGAACAAUCAGUUCAUUGAGACGCCCUGAAAAUUGGCAGAAGGCAUUUUACACCUGUACUACGCAUUUAUUUAUCAUCAGUUUGUACUACAUUCCACGGAUAUUUGUGUACACAUCUAAUCAAAUUAAUUUAAUUGCUAAUGCUGAUUUCAAUAUUUUGCUUUUAUGUCUGUAUACAUUUGUCCCCCAUCUUGCUAACCCCAUUAUUUAUUGCCUUAGGACAAAGGAGAUCAAGAAGAUGCUUAUAAAUAUUUAUAAACGCUAA